AAAUGCUUCUCCAAUUGUUUCUUCUUGUUUUUUUCGCUUCAUAUGCGAAGAGUGAGUGUAUGGUCAAUAGCGAUAAAGAAUUCGAAGGAUCAUGCUUCACGUUCUACAGUCAACAGUUGAAUUUCACUGAUGCCCGGAAUUGGUGUCAUAACAAGAAUCCGGCGGGUCCAUCCUAUUUGGCAUAUGUUCCUGAUCAGAUUACCGCCAAUUUCUUAGCUACCAGGGCCAGCCACGAAUAUGGACUUGGAUUCGGAAGAUUUUGGAUUGGGCUGAGCCGCAACAGUUCGACCAGUCCAUACGCCUGGGACAACGGGAAGCCAGUAACUUAUACCAAUUUCGGCACCACUGAACUGGAUCAGAACUACAUUUUUGAAGAUAUGGGCACAUCAAGAUGGGGUUCAUAUAAAAACAGUAGCCUAACCUGGUUUGUGUGCAGUUAUGCGGCUACUCCUGCACCAACUAUUUCACCAGAAGACAACUCGUGCAAACCAGGGAAAAAAGUAACGCUCCUAUUCGCUUACUCAAACGAUUUCGAUUCGGCAACUGUGAGAAGUACAUGGUACCAAGGCUUUUUAACUUUCACUGACGACUAUGCAGGUUAUGCAAUUGUCAGAUUUGACGUGAACACUGGUCAAGAGGGCAUUGCUUACUUUACGGAUCUUGAUAAUGCAACGUCAUAUGUGUUCUCCCACCUUCCUGAUUCAAACUUGAGAUUUGGUGAUAACACAACAGGUAGCGACAGCUUGGAAAUUAUUGAGAAGUUCUAUAACAACAACAGUAAACAAUAUUCUGUCUGUGGAUCCAGAUGCGUCAUUCUUGAAAAGCGCUACUCGAACAGAUUGGACAUAUCGAAAACAGUAUCAACUGUGAGAAAACAUUACGGAAUGGUUCAUGCAUUUUCAUCUGUUGAUCCGUCAGGAGGAACGCAGUCCAAAGCAAUUUACAAUCUCACAUCUAAAACAAAUGGCGUGUGUAACUUUGGAAAAGACUCGAAAUUUGCAGAUUUUACGGAGGAGUACCAAUUCUUCUCUGCUCCAUAUCCAAUGUACUGUGCGAACCCGGUUGUUUCUGGACAAAACACGGCGGUAUUGCCGUCAAUGAAUGUUAAUACUGAAUGUUUUCUGUAUUGGACACUUGUAACUGUGCAAGAUCAUGGUCCUCCAGAUUCAUUCCAAUCAUUCGAUCUAAAGUGGUCAAAUGAAAAAAGUGGCGGUGACGACUGGUACAUCUCCUCGAAGAGUCUCUUUGGUGUUCACGGCGACCAAUCAUACUACUUUGACCUGGGUAGUUAUAGCAUGCAGCUGCAGUAUAACUAUACUUCUGCUGUAGAGCAAACAAUUCAAGUCAGGGUGUACAUGAACAGUGCUCCAAAGGAUUGGCUGCCGUAUUGCGACUAACAUUUUAAUGCCGAAUUUUCUUGUUUUUAAAUAAUUUUGGAACAUGGAAAAAGUGAAUAAUAAAUUUGUUCCAACACCC